CAUGGACACGGACGAGGUCUCGCAUGACACACCGGUGAUCGUGUCUGACGAAAAAUCUGACGGGUCUUCGUCUCCAACACCCUCUCAAGAGUAUACGCCGUUGGCAGUCCAGGAGGAUGAACCUUGUGUCACGGAUCUCACCUUCAGACAUCGCUGACGAUUCGGCGGCCUUGUUGGAUUUGACUUUGGACAAUAACGAGACAGAUGUCAACAUAGAUAUAAAUACCACUGUCGGCAGCAUGGACUCCGCAGAUUUGGCAGACAUUUCUGUACAGAGUGAAGACCCUCCGAUGAACGAACCUGAUUCACCGACGCCUCUUGCAGCACUCGUUGAGGUCGAGCGGUCACAAUCUCCAGCACCCUUACCUACUUCUCCAUCGCCGCCGCCACCACCAGUCAUAUGUGUCAUUGAUGAUGUUGGAGCUCAUACAGAAGUCGCAUCCGAUCUAGCAACCGCUACAAAUGAAGAAGACUCGUCCAUUGAUGUCAGCAUUAAUGCGUCGCCCGGCGUCACCUCGAUCGCAACCUCCGAACUUGACCAUUCUGGCGCUAGUGAUUUAAUACUCUAUGAACGGGUGUCUGUUGAGGUAUCAAAUCUACCUCAAUACCAGCUUUUACGGACGCCAGAUGAUACAGCUGCGGUUGAGCAGCACCGAGCCCGUACUUCACCGGAAUCGCCACGUCCGAGCAGUGUUGCUAUGGCCAGCCGUUCAGCCGAGUCCAUUCUAGCCUCAGUUGAAUUCCUGGAAGCUGAGAACGCUUAUGUCGAGAGGGACCAUACGGAGCUGACUCCAAUACCGGAUUCUCCAUUUGUUAUAAACUCAUAUGAUGGCGAGUCCACGCCUGUUCCAUCACAGCCGUCGUCUCCAGCUCGUGAAUCUUUCUCACCUCCCACACCCUCGACCCCAUUGCCUCGUCCCGUAAGCAUGAUAGAGACCAGCCCCAGUCACGUCACUACCACUCAUCGCAAGACCAGUAGCGGCAACCAAGCUCCGCCAAUCCCACCUUUUGAAUCCUCGCCUUACCCCACCGAAACCGAAUUUGGCGAACUAACACUUCACAAUACUACGCGUUCGUUUUCGCGUCCUCACACUUUUGCUUCACACUAUGCCGAAUCGGAGCCAGUAACAUCUGGAGAUCCGUCAUUUUCGGCCGUUGUGCAUGGUAGAGUGAGGGAAGUGGCGACGUUGCCUUCGAGGUCCCUUUAUCCGCCGUCUACACCACAGAUGAACAGGGUCAAACGCGCCAUGAACGUGGAACCUCCUCCCACUCCUGGAUCUAGUGAACUGGCACUGCUGCUUAAGGACGCUGCUCUUCUGGAACGCUCACUGAUGAAUGGGGAGCUGCCAAGUGAGGUAGGCUAUGCGGACAAGAACAGAUCUGUUCCCACUCCCGAAAAUCCUCACCGGCAUCUACAAGAGGCAAAGGCGGCUGAAGCCCGGUUACCCCGUGUUGUUGGCAAAGACGAGCCAAGGCGAAAACGUAGCUUUCGGAUGCCGCAGGCUCUUUCUCGAAACAAGACCAAGCCUCGAGAGGAUGCUAGCAAGGUUUCCCAGGACUUGGUACACGGCAAAAGGGCAGUGGUGAGGUCACCCCUUGGAAUGGGCCCAGGUCCCGAGUCCGAUCAGACUUGUUCGUACCUCAGGCCACAUCCGACAUGGAUCUGGUAGCGUCUUAGAGACAACACCAGAGGAUGAUCGGCCCCCGACGCCGCCGCCAAAAUCGCCACGCUCCAAAUACCUUGCCAGCUUCAGAAGGCUAAGCUAGCGCAUCUCGUGCUUCGACAUUUCAUGGUCCGUCGCGUCACAGCGUCUCUUCUGAGAUUUCAUCCGAUGAUUCGCUUCCUGUCGUCACUCCUCCUGAUAAUAGCCCGGACUUGGUUGAUUCGGGGACCGUAAGACCUGGGACUGGGAUUGGCAUAGGAUUUAGGGCUUCCGCACCGAGUGGUAUAGCGUGGCCUUCAUUAUCGAAGAAA